AUGUUUUCCUGUCCAAGCACGUCCACUCCCUUCUCUGUAAAGGAUAUAUUAAACCUGGAGCAGAGUCAUGGCGUUAUGGCGUCUCCUCUGGACGUCUCCUCCCGUAUGGACUGCUGCAGCCUGCCGACCUCCUCCUCCUCUUGCUCCUCUUCCUCCUGCAUGCUGGCCCGCAUGAAGCAGGAGCCUCUCCGGGACAUGCCGUCUCCCGCCGCCGCCGCCUCGCUGUUUGGAGAGGACCUCCACGAGGCCCGGGCAGCCAGAGGCAGCAGCGCACUCAGCUUCGCCUCCAGCUUUUACGGGAAAUCCCUCUUAGAUGUGGACAUAGUCAAGGAUGAAAAAUCAGCCGGGUUGGAGGGAAAACGCAGAAAAGAGGAGUUCAGUCCUCCUCUGGACCCCGUGGAGGACCUGAAACCCGAGCAUCCGGACCGAGCCAAGCCCCGGCGACGCAGGAAGCCGCGGGUGCUCUUCUCCCAGGCGCAGGUGUACGAGCUGGAGCGGCGCUUUAAGCAGCAGCGCUACCUGUCCGCCCCGGAGAGGGACCACCUGGCCGGGGUGCUCAAGCUGACCCCGACCCAGGUGAAGAUCUGGUUCCAGAACAGGAGGUACAAGUGCAAGCGGCAGCGGCAGGACCAGAGCCUGGAGAUGGUGUCCCUGCCGCCGCCCAGGAGGGUGUCGGUGCCGGUGCUGGUGCGGGACGGGAAGCCCUGCAUGGCGGCGGACACGGCCACAUACAACCCCUCCUACAGCAUGGGUCCCAUCAACCACUUCACCUACAACAACUACCCAGCCUUCAGUAACUACACGGGGCCCGGCUGCAACACAAACUAUGCGUGUAGUUAUCCUGCUGCCACGAUGCAAACUGUGCAAAGUUCCUCCGGCAGCGGGGGUUACAUGAACUUUGGCGCAGGAGACUUGAAUAAUGUGCAGAACGGCUUCUCCUCCAGCACCGGGGUGUCCUCAUUACAUGGCAUCAGGACGUGGUGA